UUGCAAUUAGUAGUAUAUAUACAUAUAUAAUAAUUAGAUUUAUCAUUAUACUAUUUAAAAUAGGCUUAUAAAAAUAUUUUAGUAUAAUGAAAAUUUAUUUGUUAUUAUUCAGUUGCAAGAAUAACAUUUAUUUGUUACAUAAGUUAAAAACUAAUAUUUUUUUGUCGGAAAUGUUUAUUUGUUUUUUUUUCUAAAUAUUUUAAUUGGGAAUGGAAUUAUCUUUUUAAAAAUAUCUGCCUCCGAAAGAAAUUUUUUCAUAAGAUUAAUUUUUAUUUACAUCAUGUACCUUAUAAAAUUUUAAAAUUAACUAUAUUUACUUUUUAUAUUUUUCAAGAAUUUCAAAGAAUUAUAACUUUUUUAAAAUUAAAAUUUCUGUAAAAAAAAUUAUGCAAAGAAAAAUGAGAUUCUAUUUUUUUUUUGUAAAAACUGUAUUUUCCGAAAUGAUUUGUUUUAGUUAGAAUUAUUUAAAUUUCAAAGAUAAAAGACAAUGUGAAGAUAAGAAAUUAUGCUUUUAUAAUAAAUAAAUACUAUUUUAUACGAAAGUAGCAGUUUAUAUUUUAUAGGAAAAAUUUAGAUUGAUUAUAACAUAUUUUUCUUUAUUAUAGCAUUUAAAAAUGAAUAUAACAAUAAAUAGGAAAUGUUCUUAUCUUCUACAUUACAUAUUAAUGUUUUUUGUCAAAAUAGUUGGUUUUUUGAGUGUUUAUUUAGUUAUUAUAUGAGAUAUUUCCCAAUAUAAUUAUACAUAUAUCCAUAGUUUUAUUUAUUUUGAUUAAUAUAAUAUGUAAAGUUGGAUUCAAAAUAAUGUUUUUGUGCUUUUAAUUUAUUUUGAGAUUUUGUAGAUUUCGGUAAUUCUAAGAAUUUGGUGUAAUAACAUCACGUUAUAUUAACAAUUAUAUAUUUGUUUAUUUAAUUUGAUAAUUGUUUUUAAAUUAAUAUAGUAAAAACUGGUUAAGGAUAACAACAUAUUUUAAAAUAUAAAAUUUUUGUGUUGUUAUCUAAAAAAUAAUGUUUUUAAAUCAAUAAAGUUGAAAAUUAAGAAACUGAAAGACUAACAAAACAAUAUAAAUUUAUUGUUUGAUUUAAAUGUUUUGAUCUUUAAACUAACAGUACAUUUAUUAGUUUUGAUCUUUUAUUAAUAAGUAUUAAUAAAAGAAUUAUGCCUGCAUAUGCGGGCAAAACACCUAAGUCAUCUCUAACUCAACUGCAAAACACCAUUUUAAUGUAAUUUUUACACUAAAAUCUCUCCAACCAAUUGUAAAAAUCACACUAUUUUAAUAUAAAUUGUAAAGGUAAAGUACAAGACCCUAUUUUGUGCGUUAUUGUUCACAACGACAAUCACUGUUCAUGCUCUACUUUUCACAAUAUUAAAAACUAUUUCUUACUUUUAUUAAUAAAAUAUUAGUUUAAUAUUUAUUAGUGACAAAAUAAAUACAUAUAAUAUAAUAAAUUCAAUAUAUUACAUAUAUUGAAAUAAUUUAUUUUAAUUUAUUAGUUUAAUAUUUUUAUAUGUUAAAAUUGUAAAUAUUUUUUAAAUAACAAUUAUAAGUGAUAUAUUUUUGUUUAAUAUAAUUAUAUAAAACAAAAUGGUGUAGUUUUCAUACUAAAAUGGUGUUAUGAAUUGGAGAUGUCCUAAGAGUAUCUAAUUUAAUAUUACAAAGGCAAAAACUGUAAAUGUACGAAGUUGAAGGUAUUUUCUUUGGAGUAUUUGUGUAGAUAGAAAUGUUAGUCAAUCUCAUUGAUUGGUCUCAUACUCAAAUUGGAUACUUCAACCCAACUAUAUUUUUAUUUCAAUACAUUUUCAUUUGAUAAUUAGUUUUUUUUAUUAUUUUAUUUUCUUUUCUUUUCUAUUAUAAACAACACUAAAACUAAAAAUUGACAAGUAGCAUCAUGAGGUUUUUAAAAUAUCUUAAACUAGAUCAUGUUUCUCUUUUCUCUCGUAUAUUUUACAUUUUUACAUUUUUUAUUUUCUUAGAUACUCUGUUAAAUUAUUUAAUUAGAGUGCCUCUUAGAGGCCAACUGAUGUCUAUAAGAGCAUAAAUAUCGUCGACUCUUAAAGGGAUUUUUGCACUGUUCGUGUCAGUGGACUCUACAAAAAAGAAGAAGAACCGGUUACUAAAGUUGCAAAAUAAGGACCGCUUUUGGAGAUGUCCUUGCAUUGUUCGCGGAUCCUACUGAUACGUGGCGGCCAGCGAUCAUUUUUUUUUUUGUAAUCAGAUAAAAAAAAACCUCAAAUGGGAUUUUAGCGUUAAUCAUGCUCUAAGAUAAGGUUACUAGCCUACCAGUAAACUCGAGUGGACAAUAAAGAGUGGAAGGUAUCAACAUCAAUACUACUUUUAUCUAUAACCACAGCUUCAUAGUUUGCUUCUCUUUAGGACAUCGAGCCCAAUGAAAACCCCUAUAAAUCACAAUCUAUUUGAAAAAUAAUUUAUUUCUAAAAAGUUUGGUGAGUGGAAGCCUGUCGUAUAAACUUGGAGACUCUUUACCUACUCCCUAACUCCUCCUCUUCAUCCUGUUUCCAAUAUUAAACUCACUUCUCUUCUUUCUUCUCCUUGUCUUUUACAGUUUCUUUCUCUGGAUUUCCCCUCAAAAGAUGAGUAACAAGAGAUCGAUCAAGAAAGUAAUGAGAUGUGGAUUGAUAAAACAAUGUUUUAUUUUGAUCUAAAAAGGUUUUAAGAAGAGAAGAACAGAGAAAGAAUACACACAUUCUCGUGAAAACAAAGACUAAUAAGUAAUAACAGUAGAGAAAAAGGUUUGUUGGUAUGGGCUGCUCUCUGUCGAAGAAGAAGAAAAUUGCAAUACCACCGCCGGGAUAUGAGGAUCCGGACCUUCUUGCAUCCGUUACGCCGUUUACGGCAGCAGAAGUUGAAGUUUUGUACGAAUUGUUCAAAAAACUAAGCAGCUCAAUCAUCGAGGACGGUCUUAUUCAUAAGGAAGAGUUUCAGCUGGCUUUACUCGGAAACAGGAACCGGAACAAUCUUUUCGCUGAUCGGAUAUUUGAUGUAUUUGAUGUGAAACGUAAUGGAGUGAUCGAGUUUGGUGAAUUUGUUCGGUCUUUAGGUGUCUUCCAUCCAAAUGCACCUGUCCAUGAAAAGAUCAAAUUUGCUUUCAAAUUGUACGAUCUAAGGCAAACUGGAUUCAUCGAGCGAGAAGAAUUGAAAGAGAUGGUAAUAGCGCUUCUUCACGAAUCUGAACUUGUUCUUUCUGAAGAUAUGAUCGAAGUAAUGGUGGAUAAGGCGUUUACUGAAACAGAUCGCAACAAUGACGGGAAAAUUGAUGUAGAUGAGUGGAAAGAUCUUGUGUCCAUGAAUCCGUCGCUCAUCAAAAACAUGACUUUGCCCUAUCUAAAGUGAGGGACAUAAAGGCGACGUUUCCAAGUUUUGUUUUAUCUAGUGAAGACGAAGAACUGGAGUUGCAAAACCUAUAUUUCUAAUCUAUGCAGGUUGCCAAAAUAUUGUUCUAGUAACUCCUACGUGACACAUGUUAAACUAUAAUCUAAUCUCUCCUUGAUACAUUUACAUAAGUUAGUUAUUUAUGUUAUUACACAAAGAGUUGUAACUCUUCAAGUUGUGUCCUUUAGUAUAAAGAGUUGUGUCUCUUAUACUUGUAUUGAUUCGAUCUCUAUAUAAAGAUCAAUCAUCUGUUGUAAACUUAAUUACCGAAUCUCAAUAAUACAAAAGUAUUUUCA